AUGUUGACAGGACCCAUCGUCCAAAAUGAUCUUUUUGAUAUCAUUAUGCAAUUUAGAACUCACAAGGUGGUUUUUACAGCAGACGUACAACAGAUGUACAGGCAAUUUUUGAUCAACAAGGAGGAUCGUCCCUUCCAACGAAUACUGUGGCGAGACAGUCAAGAGGAGCCAUUACGCAUUUUCGAGCUCAACACCGUUACUUAUGGUACUAUGUCAGCGCCAUUCCUAGCAACCUGGGCCCUCUUGCAGUUAACGAAAAAAGAACAGCAUCGUUUUCCGAGAGGCGCAGAGGUUAUCAGUCGAGACAUGUAUGUAGAUAAUUUGCUGUCAGAAAUCCAAUCUUUGGAGCAAGCUUUACAACUCAAAGAGGAAAUUAUACAGCUGCUUCAAAGCGGAGGCUUAGUUCUGCGAAAGUGGAUAUCAAACGAUACGCAAUUCAUGCAAUCGUUCACUCAUCAGAACAACGAUCCACAUCUGUUAUUAAAUUUUACGAAGGUUCAAAAAACUUUAGGUAUUGGUUGGAUUCCACAACAGGAUCUAUUGGUGUAUCGAAUCAAUCUCACUCCAGAGCCGUCAAAAAUUACAAAACGUGUCAUAUUGUCUCAAAUAGCAACUCUCAUUGAUCCACUUGGUUUAUUGGAUCCCAUUAUAGUGGCGGCAAAGAUAUUUCUUUCACCCUGUGGAAAUUACAUCUUGGCUGGGAUGACAUGGUGCCUGUUACAAUGGAAUCACAUUCGAGAUGAACUACCAAUCAUUAAUCAACUAGCUUUCACUCGACAAAUCUGCAUUUCCGAUCCCAUCAAUGUUCAAUUACAUGCUUUCGCCGAUGCAAGCGAGGCAGCAUAUGGAGCAUGCAUCUUUCUCCGACCGACAAAUAAAAAAGGUUCUUAUUUGGUCAAUCUAGUGUGUUCAAAAAGCAGAGUAGCUCCCUUGAAGAGGAUCUCGUUUCCGCGUCUCGAAUUAUGUGCCGCAUUACUGUUGUCACGAUUAUUCACCGCUGUGCGCGACACUAUCGGGCUACCACUUCAGAGAAUCAUCCUCUGGUCGGAUUCCACAAUUAUAGUCUUACAAUGGAUUCAGACGCCACCACAUCGUCUCAAAACGUUCGUAGCGAAUCGCAUCACAAAAAUUCAGCAGCAUACCAAGCAUCUUGAAUGGAGACAUGUUCCCUCCAACGACAACCCUGCUGAUAUUAUCUCGAGAGUAUUAACGCCCAAGCAACUCAUGAAAUCACAUUUAUGGAAGCAUGGUCCACCAUGGCUCGGCCAACAGGAGGAAAACUGGCCAAAUCAAGAAAGAUCCAUACCAGAUAUAUCAGAACUACAAACUUUCAUCAGCAGUAGCAGCAACAACGAUACCUGGACCUUACAUUGUUUUUCAACCAUCGAUACACUUCAACGCAUAAUAGCUUGGUGCUACCGAUUCAUUCGUAAUUCUUAA